AUGACAAUGGAACUGCCUUCAAUAAAUAGUACUACAAGUAUUUCUGAUAAUCCAGAAUUGAAGAACUACUAUGACAAGCUGCUUUUCAAAAAUAGUAGCGGCAAGUCCUUAGUGGAUCUGCCCAGAAAGGCUGCUGCUGCCGCUGCCGUGGCUCAUUCUUUAGAAAGGAGAAUUGGAGACAUAUCAUUGAAUGCUUCAGAUAUGCCAAAUGCAACAAGUCCAAAGGGUAGAAAUCAAAACUUCAUGAACGGUUUCCUAGAAUAUUCGACUGCUAUGUCAAAGAAAUCAAUGGAUCAAAAUCGUCGUGCCUCCUUUGCUGCCUUUCAGGCUCCAGAUCACACUUCUAUUUCACCCCUAGGUGUCCCACCAAAUUCUGGUAAAUCUAACAUGGACGAACAACAUGCGAAUGAAACACCAACACAAGGUUCAAGGAGACAAUCUAUUUUCAAUACUCUUUCACCUCCAGCAAACUCAAACUCAACAUUAGCUCCCAAUAAUGAUGUUCAAUCUUCUUUGUUCACUUUCCAUUUCGAUAAAAGUACUACAACUACUACUACUACCUCUGGAGCUGAUACUAACAAACCAAAUGAUUAUUAUUAUGCCAUGACCCACCAAGACGGCUUCCAAAUGAGGCAGCAUGAUUCAUUUUCUCCACCAGUUGCUAAUAUCAACAUGCAUUCUUCUGCUGCAACUGGCACUACAAUGAACCAUCAGAAUCCUGUUACUGCUGAAAGAAGAUCCUCAUACAUUUCGGAUACUUUGAUUCACAAUCAAACGCCGCUGAAUAACAAUAAUCAAUACACAACGGUAAGAACAAAUAUGGAUUAUUCAAAUGGUUACUAUCCUAACAAUGGGAAUAAUCAAGAUCCAAUGCUACAAUACAGAAAUCAUUCCAUCUCUGGAGUACCUUCUAAUAACAUAAACCCAUAUUUGUAUUCACCACCAACAGCACCAAUGGGACCAUAUCAUGGGGGUGGUGGUGGUGGAAAUCAAUUCAAUAACAAUAUUCCUAAUGAACAGUUUAUUCCUCAAUAUGGUAAUCAAUAUCCACGCCACCAACAACAACAGCGGAGACAUUCUCAGUUGGCUUCCACGUAUGGAAAUGGUAACAUAAGAAAUAAUAACAACAAUUAUCAUUCUUAUAACAAUUCCGAGAAUGGGCAAAAUAGAUAUUUCAAUGGUAAUGCAAACACAUAUUUAGAUUAUCAUGUGAAGGAUUCUAAUGGUAAUGUCAUUCCUUCAAAAGUGGAACCAACGGAAGAUAAAGUUAAAUUAGAAAACGGGUUGUUAUUAGUGCCGGAGAACAAAUUAGCUGCCCCUUCAGAUCUACAAAAUUAUUAUCAUGAUUGUGGUUCCCAUUAUUUCUCAAGUGAAGCAGUUUAUAAAUUUAUUGACUAUAUCAAAGAAAUGAUUUCCACUACUACCCACUCGAAGGAUUCCAAUAAAAAGAGACAAAACAUUCUAAAGUUUUUAAGUUUUUUGAAAAGUUGUAAUUUAAACUAUAAUCCUCAAUCAGAUGCAUUUGAAUCUAAUUUAAUGAAGAAUCAAGAUGGUGGUAACAGAUCUAAUAAUUCAACUUCCAGCUAUUUACAUUAUAGACCAUUGGUAUUGGUUUCCCUAAAGAAUGGGAAACUGGAAUUAUUAUCAAUGCCGCAAAGUACAAACCUUUCCAUGGAAAGAGGUGAUUUGGUUAUAAUUGAUGGGGAUCGUGGUAAGGAUUUAGUUCUUGUGGUAGAACCUCAAGUGGAUUUGAAUUUGGCCCUAUUUAUAAAUUUCUUAAAGAAGAAAAUUCAUUUUGAUUCCUUGAUCACUUCCAAGAACCAACAUUAUCCAAAUGAACUGUUUGUGAAAAGCUUAGUGGAAUCUAACAAGGGUAUUAGUGAUAAUUUAAAUCCAAAACUUUAUGAUGUUAUUGAAUUGACUCAAUUGAUUGUUCCUUCAAAACAAGUUUUAAGAUUUGCAACACCUUGGGAGGUCAAUACCAAUUUACAUAAUAAAUUCCAAGAUGAAUUAAAGGCAUUACAUAUUGCCCAAUUGAAAUUAAGGUCAUUGAAUAGUGGGUUAAGCAAUCACAAUCAUACUCAUAACGGGAAUGAACCAAUGUCACCACCUACUUCAUCUGGAUCCAAUAAACGUCAAUUAAAUAUUAAGAUUUUGAAUGCAGAAUUCCAAUUUGAUAGGAAAAAAUUGACGUUUUAUUACAUUUGUGAGGAAAGAAAUGAUUUUAGAGAUUUGAUUAAGGGAUUAUUCAAGUUUUACAAGACAAGAAUUUGGUUAUGUGCCAUUCCUAACAAUUUAGACAUCGAUGCCAAAUAUUAUGAUACCCAACAUAAGGAAUUGAAAAUGUAUCAAGAUAUGAUGCAGCAUUACACCUCAGCGGAUGUCUCUGAUUUUAAUUUGCAACAGCAAGGCGAGGGACUAUUGAUUGCGCCAUCUUUGAAGACAUUGGAAUUAGAUGAUUUCCAAAUUGGUGUUUACAAGGAAUUAGUUGAUGCGUUAUUUGUUUGA